UGUUUACUGAGCGGCGGUGCGGAGCGGGCGUUCGGUGUGAGUGGCGGUUGCCUGGCUCGCAGGGCAAGACGAGAAAAUAAACCGGGAGGGGGAUUUAAUUAGUCUCCGUCCAUCGUUCGGUUUGCCUUUUAAAGAGGGAGGGGGGGGGGGAGAGAGAGAGAUUUUCCUUUCACCUCAUGUGUCCGUGGUGUGCACGGUGCCAACGGCCGGUGCCGGGACGGCGCUGCCCGGCUCCUCGGCUCCUCCUUCGGCUACUGCUGCUGCUGCUCUGGGUGGGAUCGAACGGCAGCCGCGCCGAGAAUGUGGCCGCUCCGUGCCCGGCCGUGUGCCUCUGUGAAGGCAACAGCGGUUCUCCGCGAAGGGUCGACUGCUCCGGUCGAGCACUCACCACCGUCCCGCAAGGCCUCGGCAUCUACACCUUCUUUCUGGAUGCAAGCAUGAAUAACAUAACUGAGUUGCAACCUGACUCCUUCCAAAAGCUUCCAUACCUUGAAGAACUGCGAUUGGCUGGUAAUGACCUGUGCUACAUUCAUCCAGAGGCUUUGUCUGGUUUAUCGCAGCUGAAAGUUUUAAUGCUUCAGAACAACCAGUUGAAAACUGUACCAAGUGCAGCCCUGAAGGGACUUUCUACACUGCAAUCAUUGCGUUUGGAUGCAAACCAUAUCACAUCUGUCCCUGAAGACAGUUUUGAGGGUCUGGUUCAACUGCGGCACCUUUGGCUUGAUGAUAAUAGCCUAACUCAAGUUCCUAUUUAUCAACUGAGCAAGCUACCCGCACUGCAGGCCCUGACACUAGCAUUAAACAAAAUUACCCACAUACCCAACUUUGCCUUUGCAAAUCUCUCCAGCCUAGUUGUCUUACAUCUUCACAAUAAUAAAAUUGACACAAUAGAUAUCCACUGCUUUGAUGGGCUUGACAAUCUGGAAACGCUGGACUUGAACUACAACAAUCUCAUGGAAUUUCCUGAAGCCAUCAAGUCCCUUCCACAUCUGAAAGAGCUUGGUUUCCAUAGCAACAACAUUGCAGUAAUUCCAGACAAAGCUUUCAGUGGGAAUCCUUUGCUCCGGACCAUACACUUGUAUGAUAAUCCAAUUGUCUGUGGAAUCUCUGCUUUCCAGAAUCUGUCUGAACUCCAGUCUCUUCACCAUUUUCCUAUACCAUCGCCAUAUUCCUUGACUUCUUCAAUAUCCCAAACAUUUAUCAAGCUCUGCCUUGAGAAUACUCGUACAUUGACAGGAACCAGAAUAAGCAAAAUCCCACCUGACUUGUGCCAACAACUGAAGAUGCUUAGAUUUUUGGACUUAUCAUACAAUCAGAUAGAGGAACUUCCAAGUUUUCAUGGUUGUUCAGCAUUGGAGGAAAUUUCUUUGAAGCACAAUGAAAUCAAAGAGAUUAGAACAGACACGUUCCAGGGACUGGUCUCCCUGCAUUUUCUUGACUUAAGUAAAAACCGGAUCUCUACAAUUCACAAGAAUGCAUUAACUACUUUGACUGAAUUGACUAAUUUAGACUUGAGUUCAAAUCAGUUGAAUUAUUUCCCAACGGUUGGGCUAGAACAACUCAAUCAACUUAAACUUUCUGGGAAUCCAAACCUCAAGGAACUGCUGAAAGUAGAAGACCUCCUGAGACUCAGGACUUUGAUGGUUCCAUAUGCCUAUCAGUGCUGUGCUUUUAGUAGCUGUGAUCUCCAUCAAGCUGUGAAUAUUGAGGGCAUUAAAAGCCAGGAAACCAGUAUCUCUCCAUUAGAAAAGAAAACUGGCCAAAAUCCUGACAAUGAAAUUAGAAAUGAUGAUGAAAGGAUUCAGCCAGUAGUGCACUGCACUCCAUCUCCAGGUGCAUUCAAACCGUGCCAACAUUUGCUGGGAAGCUGGAUGAUUCGUCUGACUGUAUGGUUCAUCUUUCUGGUGGCACUAAUUUUCAAUAUUCUUGUUGUCAUAACAGCAUUUGCAUCAUGUGCUCCAUUGUCUUCUGCUAAGCUGUUUGUGGGUCUAAUAGCAGCAGCCAAUCUCUUAAUGGGAAUAUAUACUGGUACCCUGACCAUUCUAGAUUCGGUGUCUUGGGGAAAAUUUUCUCAGUUUGGUGCCUGGUGGGAGACGGGAUGUGGCUGUAAAGUAGCUGGAUUCCUCGCUAUGUUCUCUUCUGAAGCAUCCAUUUUUUUCCUUACUUUGGCAUCCUUUGAACGGACUAUGACUGCACGUGACUUAAUCAAAAAAGGAAAAAGCCAUCGUUUGAUGCACUUUCAGAUAGCUGCUGCCUUUGCUGUUUUGUUUGCUGCAGUGAUAGCUUGUCUCCCAUGGUUUCAUAUUGGAGAAUUUUCAGCCUCUCCACUCUGUUUACCCUUUCCCACUGGUGAGUCUCCUUCCUUGGGUUAUACAGUGACUCUAGUGCUCCUAAACUCAAUAGCCUUCCUGCUAAUGGCAGUUGUCUACACAAAGCUCUACUGCAAUUUGGAGAAAGAGGAUCUUGCAGAAAAUUCUCAGACAAGUAUGAUUAAGCAUGUUGCGUGGUUAAUUUUCACCAACUGUAUUUUCUUCUGUCCUGUUGCUUUCUUCUCAUUUGCACCUCUCAUUAGUGCAAUCUCCAUCAGUCCUGAAAUAAUGAAGUCCGUAACACUAAUCUUCUUUCCGUUGCCUGCUUGUCUGAACCCUGUUUUAUAUGUUUUCUUCAAUCCACGAUUCAAGGAAGACUGGAAUAUGUUAAAAUGGCGCCCAAAGCAAAAAGGCAAAUCGAUUGCAGCUACAAUGAACUCUCAAAGCAGCUGUGUGACACCAGAGUUUUUCUACGAUUGUGGAAUGUAUACACACCUCCAUGGUAAUCUCACUGUAUGUGACUGUUGUGAGUCAUUGUUACUGACAAAACCUUCAACAUGUAAACACUUAGUGAAGUCACAUAGCUGCCCAGCCCUGGCCGUGGUUCCAUGCCAGCGGCCCAAUGGCUACUGGUCAGACUGUGGGACUCAGUCUGCUCAUUCAGAAUAUGCUGAUGAAGGGGACUCAUUUGUUUCGGAUAGUUCUGACCAAGUACAGGCCUGUGGGAGGGCCUGCUUCUAUCAAAGUCGGGGAUUUCCUUUGGUUCACUAUGCAUAUAAUGGUCCAAGGAUAAAAGACUAACUGCACAAGACUUAAUGCCGUAUAUGGACACUUAGAAACAAUCUAAUUUUUCUUGGUGUGAACUUUUAUUCUGGGAAGCACUUUUUCUUCAAUCUGACAAUUGUCAAAAGAAAAGGGAAUCAUGUUCAAUAAGUUUUUUUUGAGCCAUCUGUUCUUGCAAAAAGAAAAUUACCCAAACGGAUUAACUGUGUGUGCAUGCUAUAUGAUUACAAAGUUUUACAGAAGUGUUUGUAAAUUUGUUCCAAGAAGAUUUAUUUUUAAAAUAACUAUUUUAUGGUGCAUUGUUUCAUAGUCAUUUUGCUGUGUUUUUGGGCAUCGUGUAGCUGUUUGCUUACAACUACAGUUAAAUAUCAUUUUACGGAAAACUCACUGCCAGUUUUGUUGUUUCUUUUAAGCAGUUUCCCUACUGAGUAACUUAACACUUGCCUGCAUUGCAGAAUAAACAGAAGCUCCACACAGUUAGUGCAAACAAAUGUGAAUACCAAUUUUUGGGUUCAUUACUUGUAGCUCCUCAGGUGGUUAGGAGAUGCCAAAAAAUUACUUCCAAAACUGAAAUUUCAGGAAUGGAUUGUAGAUACUGUGCAUAUGUUCUCAAAUUUGUAUUGUAAAUUAUUGGAUUGAAAAUAUAAGGGGUAUGAUUUUAUGUACUCGUUUUAAGUAAUGGUAACUACCUCUUAAAUAAAGUUAACCACCAGUAGCUGUUUAUCCGACUAUGGUCUAUAUGCAGUACAUGGUUUUAACAAUUUUUGUAAAUAGUUUUGGAUGUACAUUAUCAUCAUGUUAUAAAAAUAAAGUAAUCUUUGUAAAUCAAUAUUGGAAUGUAACUUUUUGUAGUUUUUAACCAUGUUGAAGGGAUUAUUAAUAUUGUGAUUUUUAAGCCAAAUAUACAAUAGUAAAAUAUUUUAAAAUCUUCA